AUGAUAUAUACUUUUCGACAUGGAUUUCCAUUUCAACCGACUGCCGUGGCUUUUGAUCCGAUACAACAUCUUCUUGCCAUCGGAACUAAAUCUGGAUCUCUUCGAAUGUAUCCUUUUUUUAAUUUUAUAAAAAGAAAAGAAAAGCGAAAAAAUGCGGAAACGUGGCGGUAA